AUGCACUUGAACAAUCUCGGGCAGCAGGAUUGGAUUCGUCAGCACUUUGAGGCGCCUAGUGUGACUGAGCUAACCCACGAUCAAAAGAAGAUGCUUUUCAAACGUCUGAUUCGUUCCACCAAGUUCGAGGAAUUCCUCGCCAAGAAAUGGCCCAGUGAGAAGCGAUUUGGUCUGGAAGGAUGCGAAGUGUUAAUCCCCGCUGUCAAACAGGUUAUCGAUACUUCCUCGACCCUUGGUGUUGAUUCGGUGGUCAUUGGAAUGCCUCAUCGUGGUCGUCUUAAUGUACUAGCAAAUGUCUGCCGUCAACCGUUGUCCACAAUUCUCUCGCAGUUCUCGACACUUGAACCAGCUGACGAAGGUUCCGGCGAUGUGAAAUACCAUUUGGGUGUUUGCGUAGAACGCAUUAAUCACGCGUCUAAGCGUAAAAUAAGGAUCGCCGUGGUAGCGAAUCCAUCACAUCUCGAAGCUGCGGAUCCAGUUGUCAUGGGCAAGCUGAGGUUGUUUGAGGUCCGCGCUGAAGCGUUCUACGCCGGUGAUGAGAAAUGUGACCGAACGAUGGCCAUCCUGAUGCACGGAGACGCUGCGUUCUCCGGCCAGGGCGUAGUGAUGGAGACGUUCAAUCUAGACGAUUUGGCCAGCUACACUACCAACGGUAGCAUCCAUAUCGUAGUCAACAAUCAAAUCGGCUUCACUACUGAUCCUAGGUGUUCUCGUUCGUCUCCAUAUUGUACGGAUGUUGGACGAGUUGUUGGCUGUCCGAUUUUCCACGUGAAUGUGGACGAUCCUGAAGCUGUGAUGCAUGUUUGCAAUGUGGCUGCUGAAUGGAGAGCGACUUUCAAGAAGGAUGUGAUUAUCGAUUUGGUGUGCUACAGAAGGCAUGGUCACAAUGAGCUCGACGAACCGAUGUUUACUCAACCACUUAUGUACCAGCGAAUCAAACAACAACCAACAGCUCUUCAAAAAUAUCAAGAAAAUAUCACCAAGGAAGGUGUCGUAGAUGAGCAGUACGUAAAGCUGGUCCCUACUGGUGUUGAUGAAGACUCACUAAGACAGAUCAUUGAGAAAUUUGGUUCUUAUCCCGAAGGAUUCCAUUUACAUCGUGGUCUGGAAAGAAUUCUCAAGGGGCGCAAGCAGAUGUUGCAGGAGAAUUCGCUUGAUUGGGCCUGUGGUGAAGCGUUGGCGUUCGGAUCGCUUCUCAAAGAGAACAUUCAUGUUCGCCUCAGUGGACAGGAUGUCGAGCGUGGAACGUUCUCUCACAGGCACCACGUGCUGCACGACCAGAUGAUUGAUCAGAAGACUUACAAUCCAUUGAACGAUCUACAAGAAGGCCAAGCACAGUACAUCGUAUGCAAUUCUUCCUUAUCGGAAUAUGCCGUACUUGGAUUUGAGCUUGCCAUCCGCGCCGCGACUAGGUGGCUUGGUAGUUACCAAUGCCCAGAUAAUUCGUUCGUACCAUUUUGCUCAACUCUAGGAUACUCUAUGGUCAACCCGAAUUCACUGGUCAUCUGGGAAGCCCAGUUCGGUGAUUUUGCCAAUAAUGCCCAGUGCGUAAUCGAUCAGUUCAUUUCGUCAGGACAGUCUAAAUGGAUCCGUCAGUCUGGCCUUGUGAUGCUUCUGCCCCACGGUUACGAGGGAAUGGGACCUGAACACUCAUCAGCUCGUCCAGAGAGAUACCUACCAAAUGUAGCCAUGCCGUUCCGUAAGCCAGCUGUGGUGAUGACACCAAAGUCCCUGCUUCGUCAUCCGAUGGCUCGUUCACCAAUCGAAGAUUUCAAGACUGGCACAACUUUCCAGCGCGUUAUUCCUGACAACGCUGAACAUGGUGCUGUGAAGCGACUUGUUUUCUGCACAGGAAAAGUGUACUACGAUUUGGUAAUGGCCAGAAAGCAUGUGGGAAAAGAGGAUUCGGUGGCGAUCUGCCGUAUAGAACAAAUUUCUCCGUUCCCGUACGAUUUGGUUCAAGUUGAAUGCCAGAAAUAUCCAGAAGCAGAGCUUAUUUGGUCUCAAGAGGAGCACAAGAACAUGGGCGCCUGGGGCUUUGUGCAGCCACGUAUCAACAGUCUGAUGCAGAGUGAAAAUCGUGCAAUUCGCUACACUGGACGUCAUCCAUCUGCAUCACCAGCUACGGGCAACAAGUUCACUCACCUUCAAGAACAAAAAGACAUGAUGAGCAGAACAUUUGGCGUUCCAAACGCUCAAUUAGAAGGUUUCAAAGCGUAA